CGAGUUGAGACUAAACUUUCCCUGGAGAGAGUAAAGAUGGUGGAGGCAGAGGGCAGCUCCCUCAUGUUGGAGAAUGAACAGCAACGGCAGUGGUAUGAGAAAUGUCUUGAUGAGAUAGCCAAUCAGGUGGUCCAGGCCUUGUUGGCUCACAAG